CGGCUCGUUACGUGCGGUUUCAAUUUACGGUGUUUAUACCGGAGUGUUCAACCGAUUUGGUGUCUAAACGUUGGCAGGAGUAUUUUGCCAAAACUAAUUAAGUGUUGAGAUUAAACACAGAGUUCCAAGCAAUUUCGAUACCCAACUCUUUUCACGUCAACUGUUGAAAUGGUUGAAUUAAGUGUGGCGAACAUUGAGCCCGAAUCAAAUUGCCGGUGGAUUGUUUACUUUUGUGGUGUCAGUUCGCAGAGUACAUUGCCACGCAAUGGUGUGCGUUAGCGGUCGCCUUUAGGGAGUAUCUUGUGCCACUUGAGAAGGUUAAUUGCUGUUCCAGAAUCACAAUAAUUCAUUUUCUUACACGUCGAAUCGGCUGUAACAAAACUCGGUCUACACGACGCAGCCCUCCCAUGCACAAUGGACGUUCAGCAGUAAAAGGAUCGAGUAUGCAUUGGUAUGGUGACGCGAGCGAGGAACUGCCGGAUGGGAUCACACUGUGCGAAACGCAAGUUGCCGGUCACACAGCCGCACAGGGGUGUCUCGGGUUGCUGAAAUCGGCCACGGACGGGACGGUCCUGAAACCAACCGGAAAAGUACUCUGUGGUAUCCGAGAGAUUGGCUUCUAUGAACGGUUGAGAGCGGCCCAACGGUUGGAAAACGGUAGCGACGACGACAGUGAUAGCUGCGAUUGGAUGCUGCUGGAGCUAAGCAAAUUGGUACCACGUUAUUAUGGACACCCAAAGUUGCCCAUCGACGGAAAGGAGGUAGAAUUUAUCCAGCUGGAAGACCUGACCGUGGGCUACGAGCGGCCGUGCAUAAUGGACGUGAAAAUAGGACGCCGCACGUGGGACCCACUGGCCACGCCCGAGAAGCGGAAGGCGGAGGAGAGCAAGUAUCGAGCGUGUCGGCAGCACUUUGGGCUAUGCAUUCCGGGUCUACAGGCAUACUCCGUGCACGACGAGCAUGACCGACUGAUACGGCACGGUCGGGAUUAUGGCAAAAAGUUAACCGAGGUCAACAUUCGUGAUGCAUUCCUAGUGUUCCUGAACGCCGAUCGGAAUGGGCACGUUUGCAGGGAACUGGUCGAGUCGUUGCUGCAGGCCGUGCGUCCCAUCCAAGACUGGUCUCACCGGCAAACAACAUUCCGACUGUACUCGAGCUCCGUGCUGUUGGUGUAUGAUGCGACACGCUUAAAGCAAAAAAUCCACAAAAGUCUGACUAGAGAUAAUAUUUCCCCGGCUGUCCAGCGGCCAUGGGCGGUGGCAAAAAUGAUCGAUUUUGCGCAUGCCUUUACGGCUGAAGAGUCGGAACCAGCUCCGGGUUCGGAGCGCACCGUAGACGCCAACUACAUACAGGGAGUAGACAGCUUGGUGGCCAUACUGGAACAGUUUCUCGAUCGCGGCCCGCCGUGAGACCCAUUUCGUACGCCCAAAGUUAUACGUGACUUAAUUAAAGGAGCAACCAUACCAAAAUCCCAACGAAUGGCCAUUCACUUUCAGGCACCCCGAGAAGGAGCCUCGGGUUGCCCCCUUUAGCUUUCGGCUCCUUUUGCGAAUAUACUGCGCCAUAGCGAACUGUGCACAACACCAUUGGGGCACGAAGCCCGAGU